CUUGAUAAGAUUAAGAUAACGAUUUUGGGCGCUUAGACCAAUCUUGGACUCUCCUUGCUCGAAGAUUCGAGAAAGUUCCUCAAUUUUGGUCAGUGACGAAUACGGAUUGUAUAAAAGUACUGGGCCAGAGGGGAAGUACUAACCUGAAAGACUACACAGUCUCGAAGAUCCAUCUCCAUCUUAACCGCCAACGUCCAUCUAAGACCUUUCACCAAGCUCAUCUAACGAGCAUGUCGGAUGUAAAUGCACUGAAAGACCAGGGCAACAAAGCCUUUUCUGCCAAAGACUACGACAAAGCCAUCGAGUUAUUCACAGCUGCCAUCGCCAUCGACCCUUCGAACCAUGUCCUUUUUUCAAAUCGGAGUGCAGCGAAAGCUGGCCAGAAGCAGUGGGCAGCAGCGCUUGAGGACGCAGAACAGUGUAUCAACCUCAAUAUGUCGUGGUCCAAAGGCUACGCGAGAAAAGGGGCUGCAUUGCACGGUGCAAGACGAUAUGAUGAGGCUGUCGAGGCGUAUGAAGCCGGCCUCAAGUUCGAGGACAGCCCUGCCUUGCGCAAAGGUUUACAAGAGGUGAAGGAUGCAAAGGGCAGGGAUGGAUCUGAUGCCUUUGGCCUCGGAAGAAUGUUUGCAGACCCAAAUCUCAUUGGCAAGCUAGCAACUAACCCCCGAACACAAAAACAUCUCGCCGAUCCAGCGUUUGUGCAAAAGCUCAAACUCUUCCAACAAAACCCCGCACUCGCUGAUUCGUAAGUUUAGCUCAACAACCCCUGUUCCUUAGCAGCACUCAACCAUCCUCUAUAGAGCUCUCUCAUCAGACCCCCGCAUGAUUGAUGUCCUUGGUGUAGCCAUGGGCAUCGAUAUGCAAGGUUUUUCGCGCGAAGACGGAUCUGAUGAGCUCCCGCCCGACUUUGAUAGAGAGCCUGUCCUUCCGCCCGGCUUUAAGGGAGACCCUAUCCCUCCCCGAAGGGCUGGAACACCUCGGAUGCCACCUUCAUUCACAUCGAAGACUCCGUCAGCGCCAGCACCAGCACCAGCACCAGCCCCUGAGCCCGAAGACGUUGAGAUGACAGAUGAGGAUGCUGAAGAGGCCAAAGCCAAGGCAGACGCGCUCGCCGCAAAGGCUAAGGGCGCAGAGCACUACAAGGCACAACGCUUUACCGAAGCCGCAGAAUACUUCAAGAAAGCUUGGGAUCUGUGGCCAAAGGACAUCACGUUCCUUGGCAAUCUCGGUGCUGC